AUGACGGGCAAGGUCCCCAUCACGCUCAGCUACAGGAAACCCGGCACGCAACCACCCCUCUUCGUUGCGGGCACUUUUACAGAACCACCAUGGACGGCCCAGGAAAUGUCGUACACGAUCGGUUCGGACGGCGAGCACGCUUUUUCCCACACGUGCAAGGUUGAGCCCGGUUCCGAGAUUCAGUACAAGUUUCGCGUGGGCACCGGGAACUGGUGGGCGCUAAACGAGGAUGCUCCGACCGUUACCGACUCGGCUGGGAACCAGAACAAUGUAUUGAAAGCUCCCAGUUUGGUCGAGGUGAAAAAGUUGACGGACAGGAGUGAUGUCAUCGCGAACGGGCAUCAAAAUGGCACGGCUACGACAGAGCCGACAGAACACGAGCCAGUAUCCGACGGUGAAUAUAUACAUGCGAACCACGGUUCUACAGACGACCUCCUCAAGAAUAGCGCUCCGGGGGCUCCGGCUACCGACGCUGCUGCUUCUGCUGGUACCGCCGAGCAAGACGGUCCCGAGAAUAACACAAAUGCGCGAGCGGCGGAUACUCUACCGACCAGCGACGGGCUUCCCCCGCUUAAGGGCGACAACAAGAAGAGUUGGUUUGCGACGAUUAUCCGAACAUUCUUUGUCGAGUGGAUCGGCGGCAUAUUCAGGAGACUCUUCGGCCGGAGGCGGGUUCCGCAAGAGUAA